CGUCAUGGUCAUGGAUCUCCUGGCUCACACCAACUACACCUUUGAGGUGGAGGCUGUGAACGGGGUGUCGGAACGAACCGCCCCUUUGAGGCAAUACGUCUCACUCAAUGUCACCACCAACCAGGCCGCUCCGUCUCCUAUAACCGUAGUGAAGAAAGGCAAGACGGCGAAGAAUAGCAUCGCAGUGUCCUGGCAAGAACCCGACCGACCCAACGGCAUCAUCCUGGAGUAUGAGAUCAAGUAUUUUGAGAAGGAUCAGGAAACAAGCUACACCAUCAUCAAGUCAAAGGAGACGGAUGUUUUUGUGGAUGGCCUUAAACCUUCCUCAGCGUACAUCUUUCAAAUCAGAGCGCGCACCUCCGCGGGCUACGGAGACUUCAGCCGCCGCUUUGAGUUUGAAACAAGCCCUCACUCAGUAGCGGCCUCCAGUGAUCAGGGUCAGGUGCCCAUCAUCGCUGUCGCUGUUACUGUGGCCAUCAUCCUCAUCGCAUUGGUCACAGGUUUCCUGAUGAGUGGCAGGUAA